UAAGAUAUCAAUGCAUCCCUGGUUUUCCACGAAGAAAAUAACAAUUGCUUUUUAUACAAGUAAAUAAGGAAAAAGCGAUAUGAGCGAGACUGCGGUAGCUGUGGAGCCGGAAGAGAGGAUGGUUGCUAACAACAAGAUACACUUCUCCAAGGAGGUGAAGCAGGUCAUCGACAAGGUUCUCAAAACGGACGAUCCCAUGGAUGCGCCGGACUUCAACACUGUGGACUACAUCAACCAGCUCUUCCCCAACGAGCAGUCCCUGGCCGGGAUUGAUGAGACCAUCCAAAAGAUGCAGUGCGAGGUGUCCCUUAUUGACGACAACAUCAGAUCCGUGGUUCGUGGCCAGACGAACACCGGCCAGGAUGGACAGCUUGCACUGUGCGAGGCUCAAAAAGUUAUCAGUUCCCUGUUUAGCCACAUCAUCGACGUGAAGACCAGGGCGGAGCGCACCGAGGAAAUGGUCAAGGAGAUAACCCGGGAUAUCAAGCAGCUGGACUGCGCCAAGCGCAAUCUAACUGCUGCCAUCACCACGCUGAAUCACUUACACAUGCUGGUCGGCGGAAUCGAUAGUCUGAACAAAUUGAUCGAGCGGCGAUCCUACGGUGAAAUCCUUAAUCCCCUCCAGGCUAUUACCGAAGUUAACCAGCACUUCCAGCAGUUCUCCGACAUCGAAGAAAUCAAGAAUCUCUCUCAGAGCGUAGAUAAGAUACAGGUUACACUGGCGCAGCAAAUCACCGAGGACUUCAAGGAUGCCUUUUCAGCAAAGCCAUCGGCACAGAACCAACACCGUUUGGGACUUAACCAGCUGGCCGAUGCUUGUAAAGUAAUGUCCGUGUUGGAUCCCAAAGUGAAGAAGGAGCUGCUCAAGUGGUUUAUUGCACAACAGCUGGAGGAGUACACGCACCUGUUUCACGAGAACCAGGAUAUUGCCUGGCUGGACAAGAUAGAUAAACGUUAUGCCUGGCUUAAGAGGCAUCUGCUCGACUUCGAGGACAAGUAUGGACCGGUGUUUCCACUGGACUGGGAAGUCUCUGAACGAAUUACUGUGGAGUUUUGCCGGCAGACACGCGAACAGCUGGCACAAAUCAUGGCCAAACGCACCAACGAGAUCGAUGUGAGACUACUUUUGUUCGCCAUCAACAAGACGCAGGCAUUUGAACAGCUGCUUUCCAAGCGCUUCACGGGAGUUACACUGGGUGCACAGCCCACGGAUAAAGCAAGAGUGCUUAAUGAGCCAACAACGACGGACGGUCCUGUGGCCAUUACCGUUUUCCACGACCAAAUCGGACAAUGUUUUAAGACACAUUUGGACAUCUACAUACGCAGCAUCGACCGGAAUCUUUCAGAGCUGAUGGACAAGUUUGUAGAGAUGUCUCGGGAACCAUACAAGUUCGCCGAGGCCAAGACCACCGUGUACCCCAGUUCCGGCGAUCUUUUCGUCUUUUACAAGAAGUGCAUGGUGCAGUGCAACCAACUGAGCAACGAACAACCAAUGUACGAUCUGGCUUUAGUGUUCAAGAAAUAUUUACGGGAGUAUGCUUCGAAAGUGCUCGAGGGCAGCACACCCAAGCUUGUGCCAGCUACCACCAGCAGCUCCAUCGGUAAGAGUGUCUCGUUACUCACACGCGACAUGCAGAAUCUAUCCACUGCCGCUGGUCAGGUUUUUCACAAUUUCCUCAAGGAGGGCGAUACGCAGCGAUUUGCAAGAGAUGACCUUGUGCGCAUCUGUUGUGUUUUGACCACGGGUGAGUACUGUUUGGAGACUGUCCAGCAGCUGGAGGAUAAACUAAAGGAAAAGGUGACUUCUGCAUAUGUAAGCAAGAUUGAUAUGAGCGAGGAAAAGGAUGUAUUUCAUCGUAUCAUUUCCAACUGCAUCCAACUUUUGGUUCAAGACUUGGAGGCUGGUUGUGAAGCUUCGCUGCAGGCGAUGUCCAAGGUGCAGUGGCAACACAUCAACAACGUGGGCGACCAGAGCGCCUUUAUCAGCAGCCUGUGUGGCAACUUUAAGCAGACAGUGCCUACCAUCAGGGACACGCUAGCUAGUUCGCGAAAGUAUUUCACCCAAUUCUGCCACCGCUUCGUCGCCGCAUUUAUACCGAAAUUCAUCAACGUGCUUUAUCGCUGCAAACUAACCCUCUCGGAUGGUUCCAAUAAUGUUCUAGGCUGCGAGCAACUCCUGUUGGACACCCAUUCGCUGAAGACGGCCCUAUUAGAGCUGCCUUCUGUGGGAUCGAGUGUAAACCGCAAAGCGCCCACCAGUUACACCAAAGUUGUGGUCAAAGACAUGACUCGGGCCGAGAUGAUCAUCAAGGUGGUGAUGACGCCGGUCCAGCCGCCGGCACACUUCACCCAACAAGUGCUCAAGCUGCUGCCAGAUAUUACGAUUGCGGAGUAUCAAAAGAUUCUGGAUAUGAAGGCGGUCAAACGUGUGGAUCAACUGCAACUGAUUGAUCUUUUCAAGCACACGGCUUCUGCAGCGGCUGUUAGUGGCCUAAUAGAACCAAAUACUGGAGAGGAGGAGAGCCAAGGAGCAGAAGCAGUAGUGGCUACUUCGGGAACCACUGACGAUACCGAAACCGUGGCAGUGCCAACUGAAACGACAACGGCAGCAUCCUCAACACCCAAACGAGCCUUUAUCUUCAGCGUGGGUAGCUUUACCGGAAGCGCAGAUAAAAAUGCCGAUGGGAGUUCCCAGACGGGCAUCAGAAAGCUGGAAAACCUAUUGAAAAAGCGCUUCCCCUAGCUUAUAUACGAUUACAUCUUAAAAAAUCAUUCCACAAAUUUAACUUUAGUUUGACAAUAUACGUUAACGCUUAUUUGCUUAAUUUA